AUGGCGACGAGCAGGCCGGCGCUCGUCACCUUCUGCAUCGCCGGGAAUGGCGCGGCGGUCGAGCGCGAGCCGUCCGUGAGCGCGCGGCAGCGGACGCCCGCGGGCGGGGAGGCGAUCGAGGCGUGCUUCGUCGACCCCAUGGAGGACGAUCCGAGCCGUGCCAUCGUGAGGUGCGCCAAGGUCCGGAGGUACCAGGACCUCCUGGACCAGUACGGCGACCUAGACCCCUACGCAGUGCUCGGCGUCCCGUUCAUGGCCUCGAAGGCGACGAUCCGGCAGGCGUACAAGGAGGUGUGCAAGAAGGAGCACCCAGACGUGAACGGCGGCUUCGAAUCUGCUGAGUGGCUCAUGGCGAACAACGCCUACGCCAUUCUCAACAACGGCAAGACGCGCAUGAGGGCGAUCCCGCUCAGAGGAGCGUCACGGAGCUGA